AUGGAAAGGGGAUUAGGGUUGGGACCAGGAGGAGGCAGCAUUCAUUUCACUAAAGAUGAUGAGGUGAGAGUUAGGGGUGGCAAUUUCGGAUACGACCCGAUACACGACUCGAAACCCGCACGAGAAAUUAGCGGAGGGUCUUUGUUACGAAACUCAGGCUUGGAGCAAAAGAUAGUUUCAGAGAUCAAGGUUAAAGUCAUUCACAAGGAAACAAUUAAACCAUCCUCUCCAACUCCUCACCACCUUAAAAACACCAGCCUCUCUGUUUUUGAUCAGAUCACAUCUGAAGUUUAUGUCCCACUACUUCUCUUCUAUCCCAUCAGCAGUGAUGAGGUCAAUAAUAUUGAUCACCGUUCUUUGUUUGCUGAAAAAUCCAACCAUCUAAAAAUAUCAUUAUCUGAAAUCCUAACUCACUUCUACCCCUGGGCCGGAGAAUUCGUAUAUAAUUCUUCAAUCAGCUGCAAUGACCAGGGAGCUGCAUUUGUUGAAGCCAGAGUCAACUGUCCCAUAUCACAGAUUUUGGGCCAACCAGAUCUUGUGAUACAGAAACAAUUGGUUCCAAAUCAUAUAGAAUGCAGGACAAAAUCAGGCAAAGGCUAUCUUCUACUAGUUCAAGCCAACUUCUUUGAAUGUGGUGGAGUGGCAAUUGGAGUCAGCAUUUCACAUAAGAUCGGUGAUGCUUAUACACUAAGCAAAUUCAUUAAUAGUUGGGCUGCAAUUGCCCUUGACUCCUCUACUACUACUGAUGUACUGCCUCCUGCACAAUUUGGUGCUGCAGCAUCUCUUUUGCCACCUCUGGAUUUCCUCAAUUCACCUCAACCUCCUGUGGAGUUUGUCCAAGAAAAUUGUGUAACAAGGACAUUAGUGUUUGAUGCCUCAAAUAUUGCUGCUCUCAAGUCCAAAGCUGCCAGUGCCACCGUGCCAAACCCAACGCGCGUUGAAGUAGUGUCAGCGCUCAUUUGGAAAUGCGUAAUGGAAGCAUCACGAUCAAACUUGGGUUUUGUAAGGCCAUCCUCGUGGUGUCAAUUUGUGAACAUGCGGAAAGUUUUGGUUCAGCACUCGGCAGACGACUUGUUGGGAAAUUUCUUCGGGCACUUUGUAGCAAAGACAGAAGAAAGUGAAGUAGAUCAUGAUGUUCAAAGCUUGGUUGCUAAAAUGAGGAAGAGCUUUGAGGAAUUGAAGGUAAAUUUUGCUAAAGGAAUUAGUGGGGAGGAUGUGUUGCAGCUCUGCAAAGAGUUAGGGGAGCUCAUUGGAAAGGUGGACGUAGACAACUAUUGUUCCACCAGUUUGUGCAGGUUUCCCUUCUACAAAGCCAAUUUCGGAUGGGGAAAGCCAUCAUGGAUGAGUAUGCCAGCUGGUGCUGUAGAAAUCAAGAACAUAAUCUCAUUGAUGGAUGUAAGAGAUGGGAAUGGUAUACAAGCACGCUUGAGUUUGAAAGCGGAAGACAUGGCCAUAGUUGAAAGUAACCGGGAGCUGCUUACAUAUGCUUCUUUGAACUAUGAGGUUCGUCACAAACUCAUACCUAAGCUUUGAAGACCCAACAAUCUGGUACCCAAACUUAUGGAAACCCUACAAAUAAGACCCUCCAUUAACUAGAUUAUUAGUUGGCCUGUUAAAUUCUGAUGUGGCAAACGUGUGUCCCAUUUUUUUUAUCCACAAUUUAUGAAUUUUCUUUUUCAUUUUUCAUUUUUCUUAGUCCAAUUCUCAGAUCUAUCUAUGGUUUCCCCUAUGUGUAUUUUUUAUGUUUAUUAAUCAAAUUUGAAUUCACUUGUA